AUGGAGGACACUACAAUUAAUUUAUCAACAACUGCUAUUUCUACUACUGCUACUACUACUACUACUACUAAAAAAGAAAACAAGACUUUAUCAUCCAAAUUCAAGAGUCCCUUUAAAUCACCAAAAUUGGAUGACGCCACCUUGAUAAACAUAUCCACCUUAUCGACUCCAAUCAGAUCAUGCUCCACUCCCAAAGCCACUACUACUACUACUACUACUACUACUACUGCACAUCCAAUGAUCUAUAAAAAGAUUACAAAGACAGAUCAAGAGGAAAUUAUCUUGAAGAAAAAAAACAUGUUACUUCAUAAUGAAUUAGUUAACCAAAUAAAAUCAUACGAACGGGAAAAUAAUGAAUUGAAGCGGAUGCAGAAAUUCAUAACGAACGAUUAUUCUCGAGGAGGAGGUGAAGGUAGCACACAACAAUUGAUUAAGAAAUGGAGAAGUAUAUCGCAAAUGACCAUGUCCUAUUUGUUGAAUUCUAUAUCUUGUAAGAUUGAUAAGAUGGGUGGGUAUGAAGAGUUUAUUAGAAAAGAGUUUAAUAUGGAGAAACAAAAGUUGGAAUAUCAUUUGGAUGAUGGGAUUAGGGAGUCUUAUGAGGAGGUGAUGGAGUCAGAGGAAUUUCAAAAUUUGAACAAGGAUGAACAAUUGGAAUAUCAAGAACAGAUGGAGAAUAAGUUGGUAGAGUUAGAGAACUUUAAGACAAAGCAACUGGAAAGACUAGAAAAUGAAUUUCAGAGUAUUAUUAAGAAUGAUUCUCAGGGUGGAUUGGAUAUGAAACAAUUAGCCAAAAGAUUGAAAGUCGAUUAUAGUUUAGUCUUCCCCUCCGAGGAUGGAGAAGAUAUACAAAGUCAACAUUAG